AUGUCUACCCCUCAAACAAUGCAAGCUGCUGUUAUCGAUGGCGAUCACUUGACCUUAAAGGAAGUUCCUGUCCCAGAAUUGCGUGAUGGUUUUGUUCUAGUUAAGAAUAGAGCUGUCGCUGGUAACCCAACCGACUGGAAGCACAUCACAUGGAAGAUUGGACCACAAGGUUCCAUCGCCGGUUGUGACAUUGCCGGUGAAAUUGUUAAGCUAGGCCCAAAUGUUGACACUAAUAAGUUCAAGGUUGGCCAAAAAGUGUAUGGCUUUGUUCAUGGUGCUUCCGUCAAGCAUCCAGAUAAUGGUGGUUUUGCCACUUAUUCCGCCCUAGACUCCAAAAUCGCCUACACUGUGGAUGAUUCCUUUGAAGUAAGUGGUAAGGACCAGAUUCCAGAAGGUGCCAUUAAGUACUACGAAGAUGUCGCUACUCUACCAAUCUCUUUAACAACUGCAGGUGCCGUUCUAACCACGAAUUUCAAUAUCAACCUAGAAUGGCAACCAAGUGAAGCCCAAAGAGACUUCCCUAUCUUAUUCUGGGGUGGUGCUACUGCUGUUGGCCAACUAUUGAUCCAAGUCGCCAAGAAGCUUCAUGGGUACAAGAAGAUUAUUGCUGUCGCCUCUAAGAAGCAUGAAGCUCACUUGAAAUCAUAUGGCGCUGAUGAUGUUUUUGAUUAUCAUGACGCCGAUGUUAUCGAACAAAUCAAGAACAAGUACCCAGACAUUCAAAAUCUAGUUGACUGUGUUUCUAACAAUGACACCAUAAAGCAAGUUUACGCUGUUGCUUCUGAAACAAAGCCAGCUACCAUUGUCCAAUUGACAACUUUGUCAAUCAAUGACAUCCCAGAAUCUGAAAGAAAGGACAAUAAGACCAUUGUCGGUUGCCUGCUAUACUGUGCAAGUGGUGAAGAGAUUCCUUUCGGUGCUUUUACUUUACCAGCCAACCCAGAAUUCAGGGAAAAGGUCAUCAAGUUUAUUGAGUUUAUUAGUCCAAAGGUCACUGCUGGUGACAUUCACCAUAUCCCUGUCAAGGUUUACAAGAACGGUCUAAAUGAUGUUCAACAAAUCCUUGAUGACAUUCAAUACAACAGAAACUCAGGUGAAAAGUUGGUGGCUGUGUUGAACUAA